AUUCGAAGUGGCGGUCAUCACGAAGCGAAGCAAUCAACCCUACUUCCCUAGAUUUACUUCUUCUGUAAUUUUUAUUUGUUCAGAUAAUGUCUUUAGAAUAUUCGCUCAUACGGUUCCGGGUGAACUGUUUGAUUGGUAAUCUACAGUGAAGAUGAUUUCAGCAGUUCGACUCACAUCGCUGGCGCUAGCGACGAACCUGUUCGCUUUUAUUGACGCAAGAUCGGUGGCCAGCUUCGGCCCAACCAUCGAUAGUGCCCGUAAGAAUGGACCGCAAAUCUUUAACGCCAUUCAUAAUGCGAUGCGCGAAUUUGGAUCCGCUUUACACCACAAUGGCAUGUCGUUAUUCCCUGCUGUGAUCCCGGAAGGAGUGCUUUUAUAUCAUGGAACACAUACUUCAGAAAUACCCGACGAUUUCGACUGGCUUGCUUUCGAAAUCGAGCACGCGGAAGCAUUUGCUCAUGGUAGAUGGAGGCGCCGUAAUGAUACUGGUGGGAAGCCACAUCCAGGCCCGCCGAAUAUUUUCGUAGAUGCCUUUUUGGAAGAUGAGAAUGCGCCGCCUAAAGAUCCUCCAUUCGAACUUAUCGGAGCAGGUCACUUACAUGUCUACCAAGCAGCUCGACCUCUGAAUGUGCUCUACAUCGAUGGGAUGGCUGCCGGCAAAACAGAUAUGGGAACUCUAGACACUCAAGACAUCUUGCUGGUUGGCAACAAGAGCGAGAUUGCAUGGAACGACUGGGGAAGAGCCGAUAACUUAUGUGACUUAGCUCGGGAGUGGGAUAUUCAAGGGUUCAUCCGUAUGGAGCCAGGAUUUGAAGUCAUCUAUUGCAAUUUUACGGACGGCCUAAGGCUGAUAUCUACCUUCGAACGACCAGCUCCAGACGGCCCUGGUUCUGCGGACAACGCGUGGAUUACUUCGUUCGAGUGGGCAAGAGCGGCAUCCCAGCGCUACAAGGGCAUCGGAGCAUCGCGUGUUUUACUCGACUACUCUUCCGUUUUCUCCGCAUUCUUCUACCCAACUAACCUAACCAAUCCCGAACCGACGAGGCCCGAGCUACCUCGAUUAGUAGGAGCUAGUGACGCGGAAAUAGCUGUUAUGAGGCAGCAUGUCGCCGAUUCAUUGUACCGAUCAAUUGCGAACGAACAGAUACCAACAGACUGGCAGGGGGUUACGGACAUGAUUGUCACGCGAUAUGCCAAGCGCCUGUCCUUUAUGGCUGAAACGGACACAUUCAGCAUCAUGAAAACCGAAGUGAAUGGCCUGUUGAAUAUUUACAUCGAUUACGCCGAAACUGACGAUGGAUUCGCGGCCGCGCAACAACGUUGCACGAAUUUCUACCUUCAACCCGUCCGUGCGCGGACACCACAAGACGAAUUAAUACAAGCAGCAAUUGAGAACACGACAGCCACCAUCUGCACAGCACUGUUUAAGGUUCGACAACUUAUUGUUGAAGAUGAGGAUUCGGAUGAGGCAGAAAGUGUCAGCGCAGCGAAACGAGUCAUCCAGGAAUUGGUUGACAUAUUACGAUGGUCGGACUGGAAGGAGUGCGGCUCAUGUCAGCCAGAUGAACUAUGUUUCAUAGCAAUGUGGCCCCUUGGGAAUGCCGAAGACCACUAUAAUCCCAGCUGCCGGAACUAUUCGGACCUACUCGGCCGUAACGAUUACUGGAGAACUCCCGGGCGAACACCAGGUCAGCGACCACCACCGUCGUCCCUGUGCGUGGGGCGGCAGUCGUGUCAAGGUGGUGACUCACUGAGUGAAGAGCUAUGAUUACGAGAUUGAAGUGUACACCCGUACGGCGACGAAGUUCUAGAGCGGGAGCCAGGCUUCGUUUUAAGUCAAUUGCCGGUAGUCCGCAUGAAAGAGGAAGUUGAUGACUCUUCAUCGAGCGCCACAACAUCUCGUACCACAGUUCUCCACUCAGUAUCGCAACUCAUAUCAUCAAAGCAGGAAGUUUCCUCAUAUCUCUCAUCGAACGUACCCCAGAACGAACAUCCGUUAUAUUACAUACCCUUCGUUCAUGUCAUUUAUUGAAUUGUUGUUAUCUGUAUCUUGUUAUUCAUGAUAUCCCAUACAAUCCCCUUCUAUAUUAUUUUUAGUGGAGAAAACGGUUUUGCCUGCCCACCUACCUAGCUGGAGGUACUUCUGCAACACCUUUUAGUACUACGUUGAUGGUGCUUAGCCGAAAUAUGUAACGCGAUACAACUCAGGAAACUUAGAAAGAUUCUUAUUACCUUCAAUAUACUACAUGAUUACCAAGUUAUUUUAUCGUUCUAGUUUCUUCAUUUUGUUAGCCG